AUGUCUGAUGUUGAAGACGUUACUCCAGCGAACACAGAUUUUCCUAGCAGCGACGUUUUGCUGCCUUCGCUUCCUAAACAAGCUUUGUCUCAAUCUCUCGAAGCUUCAGUACCAAUCCAGUCUUCAGAAUCCAGUGAUAUAGCGUCCGCGUUCUCUCUAUUUAAGGAUUAUUUCGACAAGAAGUUGGGCGCCUUGAAGCGCGAUAUUCAAGACGAGUCGUGCAGUAAUACCGAUUCUGUGGCCAAAAAGCUUAAAGAAGAAUCCAAGAUCACGUUUAGAUUCGAAGGUAAUAAGAAACAGUUUCAAUUCAACUCCGACCUUGCAGAGAAGGUGAAGUCGGCGUCAGUUGCUCUCGGGAAGAGAAAAUUAGACCUUGUUAAAACUCACCUGGAAGAACUAGACUCUGACAUCAAGAAGCGCAACAAACUUAUCAGACUGGCAGACAAGUCCGCCGCCGGUUGGGAUUUGGUGAACGAGUAUUUAUCAGACGAGUUGGCUAGCGGGUCAGAGGACGAAAAGCGUAUCCGCCGUGCCGAGCAGAGGGCCCUUCGUAAACGCAACCAACGCCAACAGAAAGCGAAGCCAUCCAAGCAAGGUUAUUCACAACUCCAAUCAUCUACCGCAACCACCGCGUUUGCUGGCCAACAUUCAUCAUCCUCCAGACCUAUUUCUCGUACUUUUGGCGCUUUCAGCAAACCAAGACCAAGCGAUAUUUGUUUCGCCUGCGGCCAGCAAGGUCAUUGGAGAUCUCAGUGUCAAGUUAAUCCUCAAGCCAGAUCUUCAAGCUCGGGGCAGUCCUUUCCUAGUUCUUCUGUUCUUUCGGGCAUUGGAGGUAAAUAGGACCACAGAAUUAAAAACUUGUUUUCCAAGGUUAGAUAUUAGCUUUAGUCAAUUUAUUAGACAUGUAUCCUUCUUAUUUGGAGUAUUUCAGGGAAAGGGACUCUAGUUCAUUAGUCGAUUUCGAUUAUGAUCGCAAUCUAUUUGAAUUUGAACAGAAUUCCGCAUUGCCAGUACUUAAGGGUAGACUUAGGUCCUGUUUAAGUUAUUGGCACACUAUUGGUGCCAAUAGUUUUGUUAUCGAUACUACUAGGGUAUCUAAAAGAUAGUAAUGCUGCGGCACAUUCUGUUGAUACUGGCAUUAGUUAGGCAGUGAGACUUAAAAGAAUCAAGAAUGACGUUGAAUGUCCUAUUUACAUGUUGGAAAGUACUAGAAUAAUUACUAUCAGUCUAUAGAAAGAACUCGUGGGAACGUUGUUUAGAAAAUGAUCAAGUGGUUAUCAACUCUGGUUUUCCCACAGUAAAUUGUAGGAAAUAAUAGAAAUUGAGAUCGAUUAUCCAGAUAUUUAAUAUACAGUGCACGAUAUUUUCUCUGGAAACACAAUACUUUUCUUGCACUUUAUUAAGUAACAGUUAUUUAGCUAUAUAUUUAUAGAAAACAACAACACAAAAAAAGGAAAAAAAAAAAAAGAAAGUAGGAAUAAUAAAUAAUUCGGUAGACCUCGAACCCAGCACCUUCAGCUCGACGCGACUACACCUACCCACUACACCACGGAGGCUGAUUACGUAAUUCCUGGGAAAAGUGUUUCUUUUUAUUCCUUUUCUAUGAAACUUCCGCCGGCAAGAUGAUCGCCAGCCGCAUUAACCGAGCUAUUAACAGUGAAAAAACAAUGUAAACGCAUAUUCCAUGGCAAUGAAUGAAUGAAAGAACAUAAUUAUGCUUUUCAAAACGCUGAUACACGUCCUGGUCUGCAAAGUAGGACACAAAACAUAUGUUUUGUUAUCUCGAUUUCCGCUGUUAUUCUGAAGCGAAUGGUCAAAAUCACAUCCAUUUUCGGCUCAUACAGUUUCUUAAGAAUAGCAUUGCAUGACAUUUUCUCACUUUCACAUCACUUCUAGCAAGCUGGAAUUUGUAUAUUCCCCGUGUUGCGGAGUCGAAGAGCAAAUGCUCUUCUUCUCGUCAGGUUUAACACCUGGACGAGUCAAAAAAGGCUCUUGAAUUGAAAUCCACUCUCCAAGUUAACCAUCGUACUCAUCUGAAAGACUCCUGCGUGUCUUAAAAUUUGGUAAGACCUCUAACCGUGCUGUAGAACUGAGCAGCGAACGAUGCACUACUUCCCCGUGUUUUUAUUUGAGUUGUUCGUGGCGCAAUGCACUCUGGUUAAAUGCAAUGCAUUGUGGUAAAAAGUGUGGUUAAAUGCAAUGCAUUGUGGUAAAAAGUGAUGAAUUCGAGAAUUCGUCGCCCCUUUAUAUAUUUCCUUUAAAUCCUGAUUAUGUUGCUGCUCGCUCCCUUCGGUCGCUCCGCAGCAAUUAAAUUCGGUUAUCGGAUCCCAUUCAUUAGCACACCUUGUCAGGCGCGUUUUCCUAACAAUCAGUCAGCUCUUAAUAAUGCGUCUUUCGUGGAGUCGGCUAUCGCUGAAUUAGUCCACACUCACGCCGUCGUUGAGGUGCCCUUUAUUCCACAUGUCGUUAAUCCGCUCUCUGUCUCUAUACAGUCUUCAGGCAAGAAGAGGCUUAUUCUGGACUUACGUUAUGUCAAUCAUUUCGUUUGGAAACAGAAGUUUAGGUGUGAAGAUUGGAGAGUUUUAUUGUCAUAUGUUAAUAAGGGCGACUACCUUUUCAGUUUCGAUCUCAAGUCUGGAUAUCACCAUAUCGAUAUUUUUCCGGAUCACCAAACUUUUCUGGGUUUCUCCUGGGUUUUUUCUGGUACCGUUCGGUAUUUUUGUUUUGCAUCACUUCCGUUCGGUCUAAGCUCAGCCCCAUACGUCUUUACCAAGUGUCUCAGACCACUCGUUAAGUUUUGGAGGUCUAACGGGAUUAAAAUUGUUGUGUUCCUCGACGAUGGGUGCGGAAAAGGGGAUUCACUGCCUAUGGCCAAGGAAAAUUCAUUGUUUGUGCAAUCAUCCUCAAGCAGUGCGGGGUUUGUUGCCAACUCCGCCAAAUCACUAUGGAACCCCACUCAGGUGCUUGUUUGGUUGGGUUUAAACUGGGACUUAGUUAUCGGUACCAUUUCUAUUACCGAUAGACGUAUUUGCAAAUUUAUCGCUCUGGUUGACAAAUUUCUUCUAUCCGCACCUUAUGUUACGGCUCGGGAUUGUGCCGUUAUCGCAGGUCAUGUUAUGUCCAUGUCGCCAGUUUUGGGUAACCUGACUCGUCUCAAAACCCGUUUCCUUUACAAGGUCAUAGAAUCCCGCCGUAGUUAGGAUUCCCGUUUUAAUAUCGGGCUUCAUAAUGAUUGCCUCUCUGAAAUAUUUUUCUGGAAAAACAAUAUCGUUAGUUUUAAUACGAGACCUAUUUUGCCUUAUAAUGUUCCCCUUUUGUUUAGCUAUUCGGACGCUAGCAACGUCGCCUGCGGGGCUUUUGUUGUGGGCACUAAUGAGGUGUCCCAUCGUAUGUGGACUGCUUGCGAAGCAGCUAAGAGCUCUACCUGGAGAGAACUUAAGGCUAUACAAUUUGCCUUAAGUGCGUUUAAAGCCUCGGUUCGGGGUAAGUGUGUAAAGUGGCAUUCUGACAGCCAAGGGGCCGUUCGUGUUGUGGAGAUAGGGAGUCCUAGUGCAGAAUUGCAUUCUAUUGCGCUUGAUAUUUUCUAUUUUUGUCGAACUUACAAUAUUACACUUAUUCCCCAGUGGGUUCCCAGGAACUUAAUGCUUGUGCUGAUGCGAUUAGCCACAUUGUAGACUUCGAUGACUGGUAUACAACCCCGAGUUCUUCGCACACUUGGACCGCCUUUGGGGCCCACAUACAGUCGACAGGUUCGCGAAUGCUGCCAACGCCCAUCUUCCCAGAUUCAAUUCUAGGUUUCGCGUACCAGGCACUGAAGCUGUUGACGCAUUUUCAAUCUCGUGGAGUGGAGAGAAUAAUUGGCUAGUCCCUCCCGUCCACUGCAUUACUAGGGCGGUUCAGCAUCUCCUUGUAUGCGGUGCGGUUGGUACUUUAGUCGUCCCUUAUUGGCCGUCUAAUGUGUUUUGGUCUUUCUUGUUCGCAAAUGCAAUUCAAUUUCAACCGUACGUCCUUGAGUACAUUCAUUUUGCCGACCCCUCAGGGAUUUUUGCCCUCGGGUGUUACAAAGAUUCACUCAUUGGUUCAGACAGGUUUAACAGCGCGGUGCUGGCAGUCAGAAUUGGCGCUAAGGGGCCUUAGUUUUUUCAAGCCGAGUGGCUUUAUGUUGGCCCACGUGUUUUUUAUUCCGCUCGUCGGUUCAUUUGUCCUCGUUUCGCAUGAAACUAGCUCGCCGAGUGGCUUGUUUACCGUGGUUUUUGAGUUGGCCCAUUCGGCCUUAAAUAGUUUUGCAUCCGGUCAGAGGCAUUACCAAGCGUCCAUUUUUUAUUGCUGUAUUGACUCCCAGUGCGUGUAUUGAGGAAUUUUGCCAUAUAUUUUUGUUCUUAUCCUCGUAGAAGUUCUCAAAGAUGCCUUGCAGCCUAAUUUUCAACAGGUUGAAGACGGGCGACUCCGGGCACUGGUUCAAGAUCUCCCCGCAGUUCUUCUUAAAUCCAAAGCCGACAGUACCGCGAGGAAGUACGAAAAGGGCUUCAAUACGUGGAGAAAAUGGGCUUCUCAGUUUAAAGAAAUUGUUAUAUUUCCCGCUUCUAGUGUGCACGUUUCAUUGUUCUUUCUUAGCUUGAUUCAAGAAUCUGCUUCUUGCAGUACUAUUGACGAAGUCCAUUAUGGGCUCAAGUGGGUGCAUGAUUUGGCAGGUCUACCGAACCCCUGUAAUUCCUCGUUAGUUUUACCUUUAAUAGAAUCUGCUAAGAGGCUUCUCAUUAUCCCUGUUAAAAAGAAAGAGCCUGUGACCCCCAAGGCUAUU